UAUUUGAAAAUUUGCGAGUUUCAAAAUUGCUCGAUUACUUAUUGCUUGAGUAUGAAAAAGAUCGAUGUCACUUUUGUGACAUUUUGUUUGAUGUCUUUUAUUGAUUCUCUAUCUUAGUUUGUCUUUAAUUUAUGCGCGCGAUAUUUAUUAAAUUCAAUUUCUCCACAAAAAUUGUAUCAAGUUGCCUUUACGAAUUAUAGUACAGCAUGCAACAACAUAUGCAGAGAAUUUCUUUAUCGACAUUGUACUUCUUUGUAGACUUUGAAUCUAGAGUUUUACGCGUUUCUCAUACGAGGUCUCUACUGUCGUUUUACACUCUGUCGCUCCUGUAUAACCUCAAAUUAGAAAUUCUCUAUCUUUGGUGUAAAAAUUUGAUCAAAGUGUGUUGAAAAAUAUUGUUUAAUAUAUAUACAUAUAUAUAGUUAGAUAACUAUCUCUGCAGCCAAAUAAAUACAUGUUUGAUAAUCCCUUCUUACCAAUAGCUGAAGUAUUAAAGAUUAGUACAUGUUUGAUAAGAUAUGAAUUAGGCAUAACAUAUGUAUACAACAGAAUAGCAUAAGCCGAUACACUAUCUAACUUCAAAAUGAAUGUCGUCACCGCUUUGAAAUUUUAUAUCACAAAAAUGACAGAAGACAGUGGUCCUGGUAUGAAAGUUCUGCUAAUGGACAAACAAACGACAAGUAUAGUAAGCUUACUUUAUAGUCAAUCUGAGAUACUGAUGAAAGAAGUGUAUUUAUUUGAGCGAAUAGAUACUGCUGUACAUAAUGAUACUUUAAAACACUUGACCUGUAUAGUAUUCGUAAGGCCAACCAAGGAAAAUAUUGAUUUGCUUUGUAAAGAACUUAGAUAUCCAAAAUAUGGAAUAUAUUACAUUUAUUUCAGUAAUAUUAUUGCAAAAGCAGAUAUAAAGCUUUUAGCAGAAAGUGACGAACGAGAGGUGGUUAGAGAAGUACAUGAGUAUUAUGCUGAUUACUUGGCGAUUAAUCCACAUUUAUUUUCACUCGGGAUAAAUGCCUGCUCUGAAGGACUGACAUGGGAUCCAGUGCACUUACAUAGAACUGUCCAAGGAAUAACCUCUGUCUUAUUAUCGCUGAAGAAAUGUCCAUAUAUUAGAUACCAAAAUAGUUCUGACAUGGCAAAGAGAUUAGCAGAAAAGAUAAGGGAAGUGCUCAGUAAAGAAUCGAAUUCCUUUGAAUUCAGGCAGGAAUCCAAUCCUAUCCUCCUAAUAGUUGAUAGAAGGGAUGAUCCUGUCACACCUUUGUUAAAUCAAUGGACAUAUCAAGCAAUGGUACAUGAAUUGCUGACGAUCAAUAACAAUCGUGUGAAUUUAGCUCAUGUGAAAGGCAUUUCGAAAGAGCUGAAAGAAGUUGUACUUAGUGCAGAACAUGAUGACUUUUAUGCCAAUAACUUGUAUCUAAACUUUGGAGAAAUUGGACAAACAAUAAAAGAAUUGAUGGAGGAAUUUCAAAAAAAGGCAAAGAAACAUCAAAAAGUUGAGAGCAUAGCCGACAUGAAACACUUUGUAGAAACGUAUCCGCUAUUCAAGAAACUUUCUGGUACUGUGUCGAAACAUGUCACUGUAGUCGGAGAGCUUUCGUCUCUUGUCGAAAAGUAUAAUUUGUUAGAGAUAUCAGAAAUGGAGCAAGAACUGAGUUGUCAAACUGAUCAUUCUUCCCAGUUGCAAAAGAUAAAAGCACUUAUCAAUAAUCAAAAAGUACGAGACAUCGAUACCGUUCGUCUUGUCAUGCUCUACGCGUUGCAUUAUGAAAAGCACGCGAACAACGACAUAAAUGGUUUAAUAGAAUUACUUAAGAAGAGAAAUGUUUCAGACAAAUAUAUCAAGCUUGUAUAUAAUAUAUUAGAAUAUAGCGGUGUUAACGCAAGGCAGAGUAAUUUAUUCGAUCGAGAAGCAGUUGCCAAAAUAACCAAAAAAUUAUUCAAAGGAUUAAGUGGAGUAGACAAUAUAUACACGCAGCAUUGUCCUUUGAUAAAUGAAACACUAGAAGACUUAAUAAAGGGCAAAUUGAGCACACAGGCAUUUCCCUAUCUUGGUAACAUGAUAAUGUCACGAAGACCUCAGGACAUAAUUGUAUUUAUGAUCGGAGGAACAACGUACGAGGAAAGUUUGGCGGUGUAUAAUUUGAACAAACAAAAUCCAGGCAUAAAGAUUAUUCUGGGCGGCACCACCGUUCAUAAUUUUAAAAGUUUUGCGGAAGAAGUACAUCAUGCCACUAGUGGUAUUUUAAUGCGAUAUAAAAUCGGAAAAAAUUAACAUUGCUAUCGUGAUAUUGCAAA